AUGCUGCAAGACGUUUCUACACGCUGGAAUUCCACAUUCUAUAUGCUGGAACGUUUCGUGGAAUUGGAAACAUCUGUAAGAGGUACAAUAGGACUGUUAGAUAAAGCUCCAAAUGGUUUAAAUCCAAAUGAACGGGCAGUUAUAAAAGAAUUUUGCAAAGUCUUACAGCCGUUCGAAGAUGCUACAAGAGCAGUUAGUGGUGAUCAAUAUAUUACUGCAUCAAUGGUAAUUGUAAUUGCUCAAGGCUUACAAGAUGUCUGCCAACAAUUAAAACAUCAAUAUUUAUCCAUUCAAACCGAAGGUUUAAUUAACAAUUUAAUUAAUGGAAUGAAAGACAGGCAAAAUAGGGGAAACCUUCAAAAGAGUAUGACACUUUCUAGGUGUACUUUUCUUGAUCCGCGAUUAAAAAACAUCCCAUUUAUUCACAAUGAAUCUAUGAAAACUUCUGUCCAAAAUAAUGUAGUGGAGCUUACAGAAAAUAUUAUUUCUUUAGCUAGAUCAGAAACAGAAUGUACAUUACAACCUGAACCGUCUACUUCUUUCCAGUCAAGUGCAUCAGUAUCCGAUGAAAAAUCGUUUUCAAUUUGGGAAAUGAUUGAUAAAAGAUUUUCUGAAGUCCACCCUGCCAUAAGAACAUCAACCGCACGGGCUAUAAUUGAGGUUCAACGAUAUCUUGAAGAGCCGAUCUUAAAAAGAAAUGGCAACCCAUUAGAAUGGUGGCAAGAGCAUAAAUAUAAUUAUCCUUACCUAAGUAUAUUGGCUAGGAAGACAUUGUGUUGCUUAGGAUCAUCCGUACCUUGCGAGCGGGGUUUUCAAAGGCAGGUUUGA